UUUCUUGUCUUUUAAUUGACCUAAUACAUGAAAAACUCGGUUACUCAAGACUGUAUAUCCGGGUUCUAUUGCGGCUGCGCGCUGACAAACGGCGUCGUUACCAUGACAACCCAAAUUUGUCUCCGAGCAGAGAGGACGACGCAACUCAACCGUUGUUCGUGAGGAGUUUGUAAAACUGCUGGAGGGAGAAAAAGCGACCAAAUAAAGCUGCGUCAAUAAUGGAGGAGGACGAUGUUCCUGCAGUCGCUACAGAGUCGCAACCUGAGGAAGAGUUGGAGGCUGCCGCCGAAGAGUCCAAACAUGAGGAAGAGUCAAAAGCUUCAGAGGAAGCUGUCGCUGAAGAGUCCAAACAUGAGGAAGAGUCAAAAGCUUCAGAGGAAGCUGUCGCUGAAGAGUCCAAACAUGAGGAAGAGUCAAAAGCUUCAGAGGAAGCUGUCGCUGAAGAGUCCAAACAUGAGGAAGAGUCAAAAGCUUCAGAGGAAGCUGUCGCUGAAGAGUCCAAACAUGAGGAAGAGUCAAAAGCUUCAGAGGAAGCUGUCGCUGAAGAGUCCAAAGUUCCAGACGAGGCUGUUUCCGGAGAGUCUAAACCUGAAGAAGAGUUCAGAGCUUCAGAAGAGGCUGUCAAUUUCUUGACCUCCAUAGAGCCCGAGGAGCUGCAGAAGUGCGUGUUUUCAGAGUCUCUGCUGGUGAUGUCGGACUGUGGCGGAGUCCUGGGGGAGUUCAGCAUGUCUGUGGAGUUAACACACAGAGCCCUGGAGCCCUGCGUCAUUCUGCAUGCUCGGAGCCACGGAGCUAUCGACGGCUCUCCCUGUGGAACAUCGGUGACCGCUUACCUAACCGCUGACCUGGAGGUCCUGGAGGAAGACUACCAUGAGUAUGUCAAGCUCGACAGUUACAAUGUGGAGAAGAAGUGGCACAUGGCGCAACGUGACGAACAGAUGGUCAUCAACAAAAUCACCGCCAUGGGAGAGGACGUGACCGAGGAGGAGUGCGUGUCUUAUCCCAUGUCUGUCCUGCGCGGCCUGGUCACCGAGGGAUCCAGCAUGCUAUUGAUGCGUCUCAUGGCUCUGAGGAAGAAGGUUCCAAAGAACAUGGUCUUCAUCAUCUUGGACCGAAGUUUACAUAUAACUCAGACCACGUUUCGUGAGCUGGCCGCGAAGAAAAUAAAGGUGCACGGUGAGACCGUAGAGGUAUUUGGGCUUGAGAGGAUGGUUUGUUCCGCUGACGGCGACCAUUCCACGUGGCACAGCUACUUCCUCAAUAACGGUUACUUGGCCAGCAGAAAACAGGUGGGAUCUCCAGUCACAAUGAAGGUUAUACAUGAGCUUUCGAAGAAAGACAGAGGGCGUAUGAAGGUCCCGCUGGUCUGGCAGGAAGACAUGCAGUUGUACUCUCUGUAUUUGGAUAACAAGGACUUUCUGAAGGCAGAACACAAUUCAUACCUGAGGGAGCACCCGGAGCUCCGAGCCCUCCUGUCCGACUUCCUACAGGACUUGCUGAUUGUGAAACCGGACAACAUCUUCCAGUUUGCUCGAGAAUAUUUCCCUCCUUAUUCCACCUACCAUUCCCCGAGGUCUAGCCUGAAAACCGCCUCACCCUGACGCACUUCAGCAGGAACAUCGCCCACACCCAAGAACAUUAUUUUCUUGCUCGCUUCCUGUCAAUGCUUCUAUGUACUUCAUUGUAAUUUUUAAUUAGUUUACCUAAUUUAUUCACGCCAUGUUGCAUAUUUAACGUAGAAUUUAAGGUAAGAAGGGAAACUUUAAAAUCGCAGACCUGGUCAUCUAAGGGAUCUAAAUGAACUGAUUUGUUUUAAAGAGAACUGUUAAAGGUUGGUUGGGCAUUUGGAUGUUACCACCGGCAUUAUGAAAUUCUGUCUUUGGUGAUGAGCUCCAAGUCUUUCAUUUUGAAAUGCUUCUUUUCUGUCACCCUAGUCUUUGCGUCUCUUCACAGAAUCUCCCUGAGAUUCAAGACAAGACUCUUACUGGGACACUAUUAAUCCCAGUCCAAAACUUUAAUCACACUAAAAUUAUUUUUAUGUUGUUCGUCACCUUUGGAAUUAGAUUCUAAAUAUUCUCAGUGUUGAGACACUUUCUCCUCUUUAUAUUUAAGGAUUUCUGUAAAACAACACUAAAGAAAUAUUUAAUCUAGCUAUUCAUUAGUAAUGAAUUGUGUUGAUUUCAGUUUGUAUAAAUUGAAAUACUUGUCGUUUUAAUAUAGCAAUAAAUUAUAGAUUGGUUUCUGCCUUUUCUCUUUUUUCUUAAUUUUUGAUUUUAUUUUCACAAUAUG